UUUUCUACGCCACUUUACAAAUUGAGAGGUUCCAUUCGAAUGUUCCGGGUUUAUUUUAUGCUUGCAGCAUUGCAUUUCAGCAGUCCGCUCCUUUAUGUGGAGUUUUUUUGUAAAAAUAAAUAUUAUUAUAUUUCCGAAAAUAAUUUCGGAGUUCCAAAUGUGCAGUUUGGAAGAUGAGUAGUAUUAGAUAAGCGAGAUAAGAUAAGAAGCGAGUGGAAACUAAAAAAAAACUUGUCGCCGUGUUCUUCCGUAAUUUUACUUGGAGGAUUUAUUUACAAGAAAAUUAAAAUAUAACUUGGUAGGGAUCAGUUUUAAAUAUAUUUAAAAACUAAAAAUGACGGACGCAGGAUUCUUUCGGGGUACCUCAUCGGAACAAGAUAACCGCUUCAGCGACAAGGAGAAGAAACUCUUGAAACAAAUGAAGUUUGCAGAUAACCUCACUACGAAGAUUGAAAUGAACAAAAUCAAAAUUGACGUACUCAAGCCUUGGAUUGGAAAGCGGAUAAGUGAAUUGUUGGGGAUGGAAGAUGACGUUGUGACGGAAUUUGUGGUAAAUCAACUUGAAGAAAAGAACCUUGAUGCCAGAAAAAUUCAGAUAAAUCUGACAGGUUUUCUGAAUGGCAAGAACGCUAGAAUCUUCACGGGUGAAUUGUGGGAUAUGCUCAUUUCUGCUCAAGAGAGCCCGACAGGAAUUCCAGCAUCAAUGGUUGAAGCAAAAAAGGAAGAGAUACGCAAACGCAAUGAGGAUCAAGAACGAAUUAACGAAAGUGUGAAGAGGACUAUUAGUCGGUAUACGGAAAAAAUAAAAGAUGACAGAGAUUCACCUCCUAGUCGCCGUGAUAGAUCUUCUUCCAAAGACUCACCACGUCCAACAAAGUCGACCAGGGACCCCGACGACGCGGCGGAGUCUAGUCUAUCAAGUUCAAAAAGGAACUACCGCAGCAGGAGAUCUGCGUCUGCUUCUCCCGAGCCAAAUAAGAGGAAAUCUCGAUCUCGAAGUGGUAGUCGAGAUAGAAAAAACAAUAGAGACAAGAGAACAGCGAGAUCGAGGGAUAACUCUAGAGACCGUGACAGGGACCGAGAUUCUGGGCGACGUGGAGGUGCCUCCGGUGGAGGAACUGACCGAUUUGGUAGGGACCAUAGACCGGACAACAGACCUAGGAGGUCACGAUCGCCUCGUCCCCAAAGACGUAGCCGUUCCCGUUCUCCCCAGAGAAGACCGAGAUCACCUCCACAUUGGGCGGGUGCGGGUGGUAGAGCUUCGUCUCCUCCAAGAGCAGUAAGACGUCGUUCACCUUUAUUCGAACCAAGAAAUAGUAGAAAUGAUACGAAUUAUCGCGAUGCACCAGUAACCGCCGAUAGAGACAGAUUUCGGAGUCGACAAGAUGAUCGCAGAAGCAGAAGUCCCACUAAUAACGUGAAGCAAAGGGAUAAACCAACGGAUAGAUCGUUGGACCGGAAGGAUAAGGAAUCUAAAGAUGUGCCGGCUGCUAGCAAUAAGGCUUCGAAAAAGGAUGGUGCCAAGAAGGACUCUGAGUCUCCCAGCAGUAAUGGAACAUCACCCGAAAACGGAAUUCCCAAGUCCGGCAAGAAACACAAAAGUUCUUCAGAUUCGGACGACAAAUCUGAGGAUGAGGACCAACCCAAGAAGCAGAAAAAGGACAAGAAGGAUAAAAAGAAGAAAGAGAAGAAGCACAAGAAACAUAAAAAGCACACCAAAAAGUUAAAGAAGACCAAAGAUUCUACAAAGGAUGAUAAAAAAGACUCGAGCGAGGAGGAUGAAAGUGAGGAAGAUGACGAUAAAGGAAAUGAAGAAAAUGGUAACAAGAUGAUUGUAUUACCAAAAGAGAUGGAAAUGUCAUUUCGAAAGCUCAUAAGUGCAAAUGAUGAGCCGUCCAAUGAAGAUUUAGAGCGGAGGUUGAGAGAAAGAGCGUUAGAAUCUAUGAAAAUGAAAAAGGCAAACAUGAAUCACUGAUGCUGUUCCAGGAAAAGAGUAAUAAUAUUAGUGUAAUAUUUGUAUUCUAACUAAAAAGAGUAUGUUAAAUUGCUAAAAUUUUGCCGCUUCGUAAUUUUCCAAGUUUUUUUUUUCAAUUUUUGUUAGAUUCGCCAAUUUGUAUUCUCGUGUCUUUCGUCAGUCAGUCAGUGGUGAUAUCAUCAAAACUGCAUUAUUUUUACUUACUUGCGACGAAUCUGUAUUUCAUGUUUUUUUAAAAUAUCCAACUGUUUAUACGAUUAUAACGCCCGUCUAAAUAAGCAGAAUGUUGUUAUUAUUAAGUAACCUUCCCGAUUCCUACCACCAGACGUUUGUUGUUUUACAAGUAUUUAUUUAUAUAGACCUUCUUGUUAAAUGAUAGUUAUUUUAUAAAACACAAAAAAAGAAAGUAAAAAAAAAUCUUCAAAAUUCCAAACA